GAGGCAACUGCUGGGAAACAGAUUGUUUCUGAGCAGAGAAAACAGAAAAGGUGCAGAGAACAGCCGUUUUUCAAAACCGAAGACUGUGAUUCCCUGCACACUUGUCUGGGAAUUAAAUUCCUUCCCCGAUUAGAUUUGGAAGAUGACAUUUUGUUGGUGGUGUUAAUAAUAGGGGAAAAGAGCUUUGAUUACCGAGCAUGAAAACAGAAAUAACAUGGAAGUUACAAGGGACUGAAGGAGCAACUGAGAUUAAUGGCGGGGGGGGGGGGGGGGAAGCUGGGUGCUCAUGUGAGAGGCAGAAGGGCUCUUAAGCUGCUACACGUGACGGUCGCUUGAAGUCAACUCAAAGUCAACAUUUUUUUUAAAGAAAUAAUCAACACGGUUAGACACUGUGCAGGCUGCUGUGUGCCUCCUGUACAUUGUUUUUCUUGCACCUGCCGCAUGCAUGCAACGGGCUAGAGCAGAAGGCAGAAGCAGCAGCAGAAGCCGCAGCAGCAGCAUUGAAACACUUCCACUGAGAAUAGUUGGACAGGCAAGCUAGCUGUACUGGCGUGUUUUGCACAAGGCGUGUAUUCUUUCAGCAGAUGCUGAGGAACUUGUGUGGUGUAGCUGAGCGGCCGAUGCCACGGGGGCUGAUGAGCGUCCCACGAGAGUCGGGGGGCAAUAGGAAAGCAACAAAUCAUCCAGAAAACCUUACGCCCAGAGUGGAGGCGUAAUUGUGCAUAAGAAUUGGGGGGGAGGCCUUUUGAAGAGCAUCGCUAAUGGACAACAUGUAGUCUUUGGGGAGAGGCUGUCGUUAUUUUUGUGGAGAUAAAAAGGAGCCAGCGAGGAGCAUCCAAGGCAAUUCUUUGGGGGUCUUUUUUUGUCAUUGUUCUCAUCUUCUGUUCAUGCACUGCUAUUUGCUGACCUUUCCCAGUGGAAUCUUUGCUCCCCCUCCCCAUUCGCUCCACUCCACGCAGUUCAAGCCAAGAAGAAGCGCCGAUCCCCCGAAACCAUGCUGCAAGACCCCCACGAGACACCUUAAAUGGACAAUAUACCUUUAUGUUGAGAUUCUUUUUGUCACGACAUUGCCUCUGCAGGAAAUAAAAUUGAAAGCUUGAGGGAAAGGAACCGGCAAGACGGGAAGGAAAGCCAUCUGGAAACGACUAGCUAAGAAGAAAUCUUGGUUUAUUUUAAAAGCACUCGGUAGCUAAAAUCUACCGAGAAGAUCACAGGAAGUCCAAAGGGGAAAUGCUGCUCCGAAUAGUAGUAAAUGAGAAUGAUUGAUAGCGGCUCGUCAUCUUGUAGUGGGUUUUAGCCACAUGCUCUUUGGGCUGCAGGUGUAUCUUAGGCCUGUAUGAUGCCUGAAGACAGGAAUACGGGGGUCCGUGCCUCAGGUGCCUUAGCAUCAUCCCCCUUUGUUCCCAAAACUACCUACAGGAGAAUUAAGCGGUGUUUUAGCUUCCGCAAAGGUAUCUUUGGGCAGAAGCUGGAAGACACCGUCCGAUAUGAGAAGAGGUAUGGAAACCACUUGGCUCCCAUGCUGGUGGAACAGUGCGUGGAUUUUAUUCGGCUGCGUGGGCUGAAGGAGGAAGGGCUGUUCCGAUUGCCCGGUCAGGCUAACCUUGUGAAAGAACUGCAGGAUGCUUUUGAUUGCGGGGAGAAGCCAUUGUUUGACAGAAACACAGAUGUACACACAGUGGCAUCGCUUUUGAAAUUGUAUCUCAGAGAGCUCCCAGAACCAGUUAUCCCGUACGCCAAGUAUGAAGAUUUUCUAUCUUGUGCCAAACUGCUCAGCAAGGAGGAGGAAACGGGGCUGAAUGAAUUAGUGAAGCAAGUCAAGAGUCUGCCUGCAGUCAACUACAACCUGCUGAAGUAUAUCUGCAGAUUCCUAGACGAAGUCCAGUCCUAUUCUGGCGUAAACAAGAUGAGCGUGCAAAACCUGGCUACUGUCUUUGGUCCCAACAUCCUGCGUCCCAAAGUGGAAGACCCUCUGACCAUCAUGGAAGGUACUGUUGUGGUCCAGCAGUUGAUGUCGAUGCUGAUCAGCGAACAUGAGCUGCUGUUCCCGAAGGAUGCCGACCUCCAAAGUGGGCAGGAGGUGUGUAACAACAACAACGAGAUCCAAAAGAAAGUCAUCAUAGGUCAGCUCCAGAACAAAGAGAACAACAACACGAAAGAUUCGCCUGUAAAACGCUGCUCUUGGGACACACCCGAAUCUCCCCAAAGAACCAUCGUGGACAAUGGGUCUCCCACUGCACAGCCCGGGAGCAAGUCAAACAGCCCCAGGAACAGCAUUCACAAGCUGGAUGUCACCAGAAGUCCACCCAUCACGGUGAAAAAAAACCCAGCCUUUAAUAAAGGCAGUGGCAUAGUCACCAACGGGUCCUUCAGCAGCUCUGUAGAGGGCCAGGAGAAAACAUCUCCAGCUUUACCCAACGGUACCUUGCAGACCAAAAGAACCUCUUCGCUGAAAGGGCCGGUAACCAAAAUGGGUACCCACAGUGUGCAGAACGGAGGUGUGAGGAUGGGCAUUUCCAGCACAGAUGCCCACAGCAACUCUCUGAACAGCCGCAACCAAGGCUGGAUGCCCAACGGAUACGUGACAUUGAGGGAUGGCAAGCAGAAGGAGCCCAUGAGCGAUGCGGGCCAACACAACAGACUCUCUACUUACGACAACGUACACCAGCAGUUCUCCAUGGUGAACACAGAAGACAAGCAGAGCGUCGACAGCGCCACUUGGUCCACCUCCUCAUGCGAAAUAUCCCUCCCCGAACAUUCCAACUCUUGCCGGUCUUCUACUACCACUUGCCCCGAACAAGACUUUUACGGGGCCAAUUUCGAAGACCCCGUCUUAGACGAACCCCAACACGAAGAGCACUCCAACCAAGGGGAUUAUGAGAGCAAAGGCGACCGGAGGAGUGUUGGAGGGCGCAGCAGCCGGGCCACCAGCAGCAGCGACAACAGUGAAACGUUUGUGGUCAACAACACAAGCAAUCAUAGUGCUUUGCACAGCCUCGUGUCAAGCUUAAAGCAGGAAAUGGCAAAGCAAAAGCUGGAGUAUGAAACCAGGAUAAAAAGUCUGGAGCAGAGGAACCUCUCCCUGGAGACAGAAAUGAUGAACCUGCAUGAUGAACUGGAACAAGAGAAGAAGAAGUUUACAAUGGUAGAAAUUAAAAUGCGCAACGCCGAGCGGGCCAAAGAAGAUGCCGAGAAGAGGAAUGACAUGCUGCAGAAGGAGAUGGAGCAGUUCUUCUCAACGUUUGGGGAACUGACAGUAGAGCCGCGUCGGCCCGAAAGAGGCAACACCAUAUGGAUCCAAUGAGCACAGCUGACCAAGACUGUGGGAUUCUGGGGGGGGGAAAGGGUGGUUAGGAUAUUACAUUGCAACAGGUGACUGGUCACCUGGCUGAGGCUAGCACUCAACAUAAUGUUGUCAACCUUCAAAAGAAAGCACCAUGUCCGCGUCCACCAACCACAUCUGCAGUGUGUCCUUUUUGAAUUGACAAAUCAUACCCUUUGAAUGCAUCAUAAUGCUACUGUCAUGUGUUAUACCUGGGUUUGUGUACAUAGAUUUUAAAUAGGUCAUCAUGACAAAAAAAAAAAAAGCAUAGAAAGAGAUGAGAAAAAAAUAUUUUAAAGGCAAGUCUUAUAUUUAAACCAACACGUCAUUGCAAUCAAGCUUUAUCUUAAGGCUUUUCUCCUUUGCACUUAACAUAAUAAGCUAUUUUUGGCAUUGUGUUACCAUUGGCUUAUUUUGUAUAUUUUCUUUCGGUUGCCCCCCCUUGCUGGGGAAUUAAGAUAAAUAUAUAUAAUGUUAGCUAUUAAACAAAAAGAUAGUGUGACCGUGCUGUUUGUGCCAAUAGAUUUGCCCACGACCAAAAAACAACAAAAAAGUGUAAAUACUUUUAUAAAAAUAUAACAUGAGCAUCUAAUAAGU